AUGUCACAAUUUGGGCCGAAGAAUCCAGCCGCUUGGGCUCGACCACCAGGAGCAAAUCAGCAACUUAACGCUGGCCUCUUCCAAAACCCAUUAAUUGGUGCACAACCGUUCGCACAGAUGGGUAUGAUCAAUGCCGCUGCUUUCUCUCAGCAAGCAGUAGGUAACAUGGGCAUGAAUCUGGGUAUGCUGCAAACACCAUCACAAACAAUUCGAAUGCAAGCCCAACAGCAGAAUUUUCAGCAAAAGAACCGUACAUUUUCGGGUGUGGUUACAAAAAUGCAUGACAAUUAUGGAUUCAUCGAUGACGAUGUUUUCUUUCAAGUAAGUAAUGUUCGAGGUGCCUUACCACGAACAGGUGAUCGUGUUAUGGUCGAAGCAUCGUAUAACCCAACUAUGCCAUUCAAAUGGAAUGCAUAUCGAGUCCAAUUAAUUGGCGAUAAAAGUGGUCCAGGUGGCGGUGGGCUACCUACUCAUACACCUCCAGACCGUGGUCGGCAGCCAAUAACCGGUCGUGGAAUGAUACCUGGUGAACAAAGUUGGGCUGGAAAAACUCUUGAGAAACCACAGGCCGUUACUCACAUAAAUGAUUCUCGUUCACGUGAUUUUCGUGCAUCGCCACGUCCUCGUUCACCGAUUGGACCAGGCCGACAUCGUUCUCCUCGAGGUGGGCAAUGUGGUCCACCGGCAUUGGUACAGGAUAUGAGACGUUUGAGCUCACCGAGACGUAUUUCACCACCUCGUGGUCUUGCACGUCGAUCACCUCGAAGAAGCCCAGCUCGUGACUACUCGAAAGGUCAAAUGGGUCGUAUAUCUCCGAAACAUUCAACACCGGUACGAAAACAUGAAGGAAAACGAGAACAUUCAGCCAGUGUUUCAGGACGUAAUCGAUCUCCUUCACAAAAACAUGAUCCAAGUACUCACGAUAGUCUGUCACCUCCUCGCCGACGUUCGCGUAUCAUACCGCGUUAUCAGUGUUACGUUCCAAAACCACCAAUUUUAAAUGGAACGAGACAAACCGUUAUGCAGCUGCGUAAACGUUAUCCGUUACUCUACAUUCCAUCAGAUUUUUCUGAUAUUAAUAUUGAAUGGCCAAAAACGACACCUAUUGAAAAUCCGAUAUCGAUUUCCACGGCACCCAUUACCUACCAUAUCUUGCAUAAGGAUAUCGAUUGCCCAAGCGAAAACUUGCACGCUCUGAAUCCUCCAGAUGCGGAUUGCCGGUUUUCUGUCAAGAUUGUCUUAAUGAGUCAUCAGGGCCUCUCACUGGUACACCAGAAAGCGUUUGGUUUACUAGUUGACGGUUCGAUUGAUGAAAAUGUUGAUUCGGUUUCACUGAAACGUUGCCUCAACUUUGUUGUUGGUACACGUAAUAAAGAAAUGAUGGCAAUCGGUGGCGCUUGGUCACCGUCGCUUGACGGUGAUAACCCCGAAACAGAUCCCCAAGUUUUUGUCCGUACUGCAAUUCGAACUGUUCGAGCUUUAAUUGGAGUGGACCUUUCCAGAUGUCCUAGAUGGUACAAAAUGGCGGAGAUUCGUUACUAUCGUGCUGAGAAAGAUCGAAUGGAUACAUGCUGCCUGUUUCUGCCGGAUACCAGUGGUUUGAUGCCUACCGAAGACUGCUAUCAACAAUUGCUGGCUACGCUAAAGGAUCAGCUUGGGAACAAACUUGCUGCUGUAGAUGCGCAAAAACUCGUUCUACCGUCUACUGUAGCCGUCACUGCUACAGAUUGUGGAGAUGCUGGGGAGGGAGCUACAGUCACGACCGAGCCGAUGGCUCCAGCUGGUGAUACUCAACAACAACUGCAGCAGGGACAACAACAAAGUGAUGUCAAUAAGGAGCAGGUACAGGAAGUAGAAGAGGAAGAUGAUGAAGAUUUGAAUCCAACUCACUGGUCUAAAUUAGAUAUCAGGACAAUGAAGGUCGCUGAACUGCGACAAGAAUUGAUGGCUCGAGAUUUGGAGACAAAAGGAGUAAAAUCAGUUUUAUGUGCUCGACUUCAAGAAGCACUUGAUCAAGAGAAAACAAAAGAUGAAGAUAAAGAGGAUGUUUGUUUAAAGACAGCAGUAGGAAUGAUUGAGGUAGCUAAACCACAAGAAGAAAAUGAGGAGAAAGAACUGACUGAUGAAGACAAGAAAGCUGUUGAAAAAUUCGAAAAAGAAAAGAAGGAAAAAAAGGCUUCAUUGGAGCGUCAUUUCACAAUUCCGAAGGAACCAGGAAUAUUGGUAUAUCCGAACCGCAUGGCUAAAGGAGGGAAAUUUGACUGUAAAAUAGUCUCUCUUCACACAAUGUUAGAUUAUCGCAUUGAAGAUAAUAAGGAGCAUUCGUUUGAGUUAGCGGUUAUGGCAGAAUGUAUUAGUGAAAUGUUGGAUCGUUCACAGGCGUUUAUUGCAUACAAAACAUUGAGUUGUGCUAUAGAUAAAGAAUCAGAGAAGAAGCGUCGUGAGGAAGCAAAGCUUGCAGAAAUUAUAGGAGUAGAAGAAGGAAUGGAAAGUGUCAAAACAGAUAAAGCUGAAAAGUCUGAGGAGGAGAAGAAAGAAAACGAGAAGAAAGAGGAAGAACAACGGAAAUUUCUUGCUGAGGCACGAAAGCCAAUUGUUAUAGAUCGGACAGUCUUUCAGGCUUUUGCUCAUUUCGAUCAGAAUCUUUGCGGGUAUAUAUUGGAGAAAGAUUUUGAGGAAAUACUAUUUUCCAUAGGUUUGAACAUUUCCCGAGCACAAGUACAGAAGUUGCUAAAAAGGUAUUUAUCACGUGAUCGGAUAAGUUAUCGCUAUCUUACCGAUAGUUGGGCAAACAAAGAUGGUACGGUAACAUACAGACCCGGUGUGAUAUCGGAUCCACCUACUACUGAACAACUGGCGAAAGGUAAUAUAUUGAAGGAAUCGAUUGAUGCUAGCAAAAAAACAACGAGUGAAGCACCGGAUAUUAGUGCAACAGGAUCUGUAAUAUAUUUGGGUUCUCUUAUGAAUAUACCGCAAGUUUUAGAGCAGGUUUCAAAGAUGGAAUCUGACUCCAAUGCUGCGUUACAAAAGGUCGAUGUAUUGGAAGCACAACUGAAGGAUGGUGCGAAACAUGUUCAAGUACUAGAGAAAAAGAAAAAAAGGUUGGAAGAAGAUGUUGAAAAAUAUCGGAAGCGUCUGCAUGAUGCAGAAAAGUGCUUGAAGAAUUCUGUGGACGAUACUGUACAAAUGAAAAGUGCGAUCCAGGAAUUUCGCCGAAUCGGCGAGCGAAUGAUCGGUAUGGCUGAAAAGUUGAUGCCAAAUCCGAAGGAGGAAGAGAAGACCUCUGAAAAGGAUGAGAAAGAUGUGAAAAAGGAAAAAAAAGAUGAUAAGGAUGAUAAAAAAGUGCCAAAAAAGAAGGACUCAGCUCCUACGAAAGUAAAUGGUGAGGCUGAGGAAAAGAAGGAAUUGCAAUUAGUAGAUGAAGUUGGUGGUAAUGAUGUCGGGGACGAACCUAUGGAAUCAGACGUUAUCGUGUUGUCAGAAGAAGUAACAGGUGACGAAGAAAAGGAUGUUAAGAAAGAAAUCCUAUCUUCGCAAAAGACGGAUUCCACAACUGAAAAUGUGGAAAGUGAUAUUGUUACUUCGCUUACGUAA